AUGGUGUGGCAGCCAGUGAACCUCACGGCGGCGUGUCCGCCCGGCAGCCCGGUGAGCGCGUGCUCCAGCUUCGCGCACGUGUUUCUCAGCCUGCUGGUGCAGCUGUACGGCGGCUCCUCGGACCAGCGCAAGCAGCAGCUGUGCGACCGCGAGGCCGAACCCGCCAGGCGCGACCACGGCGAGUACGACUUCAUAGUGGUGGGCGCCGGCGCGGCGGGCUGCGUUAUCGCCAAUAGACUCACUGAGAACCCUAAAUGGAAUGUGUUGUUGUUGGAAGCCGGGCCGAAGGAGCCUGACAUCACGUCGGUGCCCGGCCUGUCGACGGUGCUCCAGGGCUCCAACAUCGACUGGCAGUACACCACGGAACCCAACGGCAAGAGCUGCCUCGCAUCCGGAGGAAGAUGCGGCUGGCCGAGGGGUAGAACGAUGGGCGGUUCAAGCUCAAUCAACUCUCUGGGGUACGUCAGAGGGAACAUGGCGGACUACGACCGGUGGGCGCUCAUGGGGAACGAAGGAUGGAGCUAUAGAGACGUGCUGCCAUUUUUCCUGAAAUCCGAACGCAAUCUGAAUAAAGACUCUAUCGACAGUGACUACCAUGGAGCGAUGGGUGAACAGCCUGUAGGGUGGUUUCCUCACGUCGACGAUCCCGCCAACAUGUUGGUCGAAGCCUACAAUGAAAGAGGGAUACCUUUCGGCGAUUUUAAUGGAGCUGAACAAGUGAGCACCAUGCAAAUACAAGCAUUCCAGGUCGACGGUGAAAGAGUAUCGGCCAACAAGGCUUUCAUAUCACCAAUCCGACAUAAAAGAACGAAUCUCUUUAUUAAAUCGGAAGCAGAAGUAACAAAGAUACUUAUAGAUAAAAAUCAUAACGCUUACGGAGUAGAGUACACGAAAGAUGGUAAGACAUAUAAGGCGCAUGCCACAAAAGAGGUCAUCAUUAGCGCUGGAACAAUCAACUCGGCAAAAUUGUUGAUGUUAUCUGGAAUAGGGCCGAGAGAACAUUUAGAAAGUCUAAAUAUCCCUGUUAUUAAAGAUUUAGCUGUAGGAGAGAAUCUUCAUGAUCACGUUUCAUUUAACGGCAUGAUUGUAGCUUUGUCGAAUUAUUCUUCUAGGGCGGUAUCGAACGAAGAAAUGAUCUGUAGCGUCAAGGAAUUCCACAAAAUGAAAACCAAAAAAGGCCCACUUACGGGUAACGGUCCUGUGAUGUCAUCAUUGUUUUUAAAAACAGAGCCACAUCUGACCUAUGCCGAUUUGCAAAAUCAAGCUAAUCACAUUCGAGAUUGGAAAGAAUUUCUCAGAGAUCCAUUAACAGUAGAAAAAACUGGAAAUAGAAUUUGGCCGAGCGCCUACUAUGACGGAGUGAUACCGCGAACUAUGGACAUAGUUCCCAAGAGUAGAGGCAAAUUGCUAUUGAAUGAAGAUGAUCCACACGGUCCUCCGAGAUUACAUGUAAACUAUUUAGGCGACGACAGGGAUCUGAUACCUCUGAUGAAGGGUGUGCGUUUCUUAUUGUCUCUAGAAAAUACAGAAGCCUUUAAAUCGCGGGGAGCGUAUUACGUGCGGGAGCAAAUGCCGCACUGUAAGCAACACGAGUGGGGCACCGACGAGUAUUUCCUUUGUUUGAUAAAGCAAUAUACCACCACCACGCACCAUCAAGUCGGGACCGGCAAGAUGGGCCCGAAGUGGGACAAGAAAGCUUUAUUAGAUAACAAGCUCCGGGUGUACGGCAUCAAAUGGCUGCGAGUGAUCGACGCGUCGAUGAUGCCGGUGCUCAUACGCGGGAACACGUGUGCGCCGGCCAUGAUGAUCGCGGAGAGGGGCGUAGACUUCGUUAUCAAGGAAUGGCAACAUCGUACUAACAAUUAUUGUUUCUGAUUUUUAAUUUGAAUUCUUGAAGUGUCUAAAUAUUUUUCAAAAUAAAGAAUUACCUUCUGAUUGACUGAAAUUAUCGUAUAAUUAUCAUUAUAGUAAUUUACAUUACAAACUAAUAUAAUUUUCUAGCGGACCCGGUCAAGCUUCGCUUUCACAUAUAUGCACUUCUUCCCUAUCCCUACUGUUCACUUCCCUGCCUCUACCAUACCCAUACCCUAGUUUCACAUUACAUACAAACGACCAGCGCUUCUGCUGCAGCUAAGCCCAUAAUGACCACAUUGAUCCACGCGGCUACCACAGGGGCAGACAUGAGGCUCGCAAACUUUGACACCCAAACGUAAGCAAACGGCUAUAUGAAGCGUUGUCCUAUCAUGAACCCUCCUUAAGUUAUGUGAUGGCAAAGCCUGUAGCCAAUGACCAGACUCCUUCUCAGAUAACGCCAAAAUACGAGCCUUAUCUGAUGGAGAAGUACAUUGCUCUAAAACACGUUUAUGUGUAAACAAUAAAAGCGGUUUGUCCCACAGGCUUGGACACCCCACAGACGCAGGAUAACACUCGCCAGGGCAUGAUGCACUCCAUGCCGACCUUGCU